AUGCGCUAUGAAACAAUGAACCCAUCUCCAACAUAUCCCUUGGUACCAGGUCUACUUCCAGGACACAUCUCCUCCCACGCCAUAAACUCCUACCCGAACCAUGGACACAAACAGCCAUUUCUGCUAACCAACGUUACUCCGCCACGUUUUCGCUUCACCGGCGCCAUUUGUGAAAAUUCAGGGGCAGUCACUCUUAACCCAUAUAUUUCACACCCAGAGUUACGUACAUUUCAAGGGUAUGACGUCAAAACAAAUUUUCUCAGGGGCUAUUCUAAUUUAUAUCCACAAGAUGUGCUGAAUAUUCCACGUGGCGACAUGGGACGGGAGAAUAUGUCCAUUGCUGAAUGUGACAUAAUGUUAUCCUUGCAUAGACAACGAUAUCAGGCAAGAACAGUGAAGGAAGAGACAACACGUUUCUCUGAUUAUGCUAACAAAAUGGAUAAUAAACACGUGGCUGUAUAUAACUCGUCAACGCGUAGUUGUAGUACUAAUGAGGAUGUUGCUAGUUCACAUGAUGCGCCAAGCAGCCCUGAGAAAGAUCAUUCGCUACCGUCAGUUACUCCAGAGAUGUCUUCUAACAGAACAUAUGAUACAGACAAUAAAGAGAAGAAGAUUAAAACAGAAAUGUUCGGUUUUGAAGUUAGCGACGGGAAUAAAGAUAAAGGGGAAUAUAGAGAAAAUGCAGAAAUUCGCCAAGAAAUGGAUGACACUGACAAUUGUUGUUCACAUUCCAAUGGCAGCAUGUCAGUCUCAAAUACCAACAGCACAGUGUGCGAUGACAGUUGUGAUAACCGCGGCGACGACGAGUUUCUUCGUGUCGACUCGCCUUCCUCAUCGUACAACGGCGAUGAACCCAACUCGACAUUGUCACCUCAUUCUUCGUACAGCGAUGACGAUCACCCAUUUGGAGACAACGAUAUUAUGACCAGCUGUGGCGAUGAUGAUAUCAGUGAUGAAAAUUGUGAUAAAAUUGUCGAUGUGUCAUCGAAACACUACGAUAUCCACGAAGACGAUAACUUUUCGGAUAAGGCGUCCGAGAAUACAAACAGUUCCUCUUCUGGAAAAUCUUCGGAUAAGAGAAAGUCUAGUCAGGUCAAACCGCCAUAUUCUUACAUUGCCCUGAUCACAAUGUCGAUCCUGCAGUCGCCAAGAAAGCGCUUGACUUUGUCCGGAAUCUGCGAGUUCAUCAUGAAUCGCUUCCCAUAUUUCCGCGAGAAAUUCCCCGCCUGGCAAAACAGCAUCCGCCAUAAUUUGUCCCUCAAUGACUGCUUCGUGAAAAUUCCCCGUGAACCUGGAAACCCCGGCAAGGGGAAUUACUGGACACUAGAUCCGGCUAGCGAGGAUAUGUUCGACAAUGGAAGCUUCCUUAGAAGAAGAAAGCGCUACAAAAGAUCAUCCAACUUCGAGAUGAUGGGUCAGAUUCCAGGAGUUAUGUCCGCUGCCGAUUCAUAUUUACAGCGUCAUGGAUACUUAGAACGUCAUGCAAGUCAGUACGGGGCUUUUCAUGCGGUACCUGGAUCUCUUGGCUACCCUUACGUAUCACCUGCUAUGUCCCAACCGUUAGUCAUGAUGCAAAGGGAUUAUUAUACACGACAUAAUUCUCACCAUCUUCCUGAUCCCCAAAACUUUAACUUUCCUCUGGGACCAGCCAGCGUUCAUGAGUUACCCUCGAAUUUCCUCGGCGCUCUCAGUUUACAUAAACAUUCCGAAAGACAUCUUCAGCUGGAGAAAAGGGACGCAACGGAUAUUAGUGCGAUUUCCCAGAGGAAAGUGAUAACAUCUACGCCAUCACCACCUCAACAUCCAUUAACUACACAGUCAUCUUUACCAUCAUCAGCAUCAUCGCCAUCAACCAAACCAUCUGUGUCCCAACAGUCUAAAAAUAAGAAAGACUUUACAAUAGAUAACAUUAUCGGUACAGCGUCGUCGUCACCAUCCUCGGCGUCAACUUCCUCUCCUGCAGCGAUUACCCCUGAAUCUAGUUCAUAUAGUACACCAUCAUCUUUACUGACCUCAUCCCUGCCAACAUCCUCCUCACCAUUC